UAGGCGUGAAGGCGGGAGUUUUAGCGGCUGAGGCAGCUGAGCUGUUGCCUGGGCUUGUUCAGCCUCCGCGCGUCGCUCCUGCGGCCCUCAAGCCGAACCCGGCUCCGUUCUCCGCCUGCUGGCCGUGGCGGCCCCGCGUGGCCCGCCAUGUUUCGCGGGCGGGAGCGGGUGGUGGCUUUGGCGGACAUGGACUGCUUCUACAUGCAGGUGGAGCAGCGCCUGGAGCCCAGCCUGCGCGGGAAGCCGUGCGCCGUGGUGCAGUACAAGACGUGGAAAGGCGGCGGAAUCAUUGCAGUGAGCUACGAAGCUCGAGCUUUUGGAGUUACCAGAAACAUGUUUGCUGCUGAUGCAAAGAAACUAUGUCCGGAUCUCCUGUUAGCGCGAGUACCAGAGGCCCAUGGUAAAGCAGAUCUCACCAAGUACCGAGAAGCCAGCGUGGAGGUGAUGGAAGUGAUGUCACGCUUUGCUGUGAUUGAACGUGCCAGCAUUGAUGAAGCCUACAUGGAUUUGACUAGCGCUGUGCAGGAAAGGAUUCAGAAGAUGAAAGGGCAGGCUAUUGUAGCAGAGCUGUUGGCAACUACCUACAUCCAAGGAUGGCCAGACAGCCUCGCAGCAGAAGAGAAUACAGGCAACAAAGAAGAACUGCGGGAACGUGGUUUGCGACAGUGGCUUGAAUCAUUGCCUUUUGGAGAUCCCAGCAGUCCAGAGCUGCAGCUGACUGUGGGAGCUGUCAUUAUGGAAGAAAUGAGGGCAGCUGUGGAAUCUGUCACUGGAUUUAGGUGUUCUGCUGGCAUUUCUCACAACAAGGUAUUAGCAAAGCUGGCCUGUGGUCUCAACAAGCCUAAUCGUCAGACUCUGGUGUCACAGGGUUCCGUCCCUCAGCUCUUUAGCAAGAUGCCAAUCAGCAACAUCCGCAACCUUGGAGGGAAGCUUGGGGCCUCUAUCACUGAACUUCUGGGCGUGGAGUAUGUAGGAGAGCUGAUCCAGUUCAGCGAAUCACAGCUUCAGACCCACUUUGGAGAGAAGACUGGCUCCUGGUUGUAUGACUUGUGCAGAGGGAUGGAGCAUGAGCCUGUGAAACCUAGACAAUUGCCCAAAUCCAUUGGCUGUAGUAAGAAUUUCCGUGGGAAAACAGCUUUGGUUACUCAGAAGCAGGUGCAGCAUUGGCUUCUGCAGCUGGCCUUGGAGCUGGAGGAGAGACUGAACAAGGACAGAGACCAAAACAACCGCGUAGCUAAACAGCUGACUAUUGGGAUCCAUAUGCAGGGCUAUAAACAUGCCAACAGCUUAUCCCGCUGCUGUGCCUUAGCAAAUUAUGACGCCCAUAAAAUCAGCAGAGAUGCUUUUGUGCUAAUCCAGAACUGCAAUACUGCAGGUGGCCAGCAGGCUGCAUGGUCUCCUCCAAUUACACUUCUUCAGCUUUCUGCGAGCAAGUUUUCAGAAGCUCGUGCUUCCUCCGUGAACAUUACAUCCUUCCUGACGACUGACAACCAAGGUACCCAAGCCACUUGCACCAGUGCAUCCAGCCCAAAUGGCAAGUCCAUUGAAAGCCCCAAAAAGGAGACCCUCAAGAAGACAACCAAUCCUAUUCAGAUGCUUUUUCAGAGGGCAGUGGAAAAGAAACAGGCCCAGGCUAUGGUCAGGAACUCUCUUCCUGGUGUCAGCAAUGAAAUGAACUUACCAUCAGUACCAGAGUCCAGUAUCUGUCAGGAUAAACGACUCACCCCCAUUAACAGCCAGAUUCCAAAAGCUCCUGCGGAACAAAGUAUCACCAGGAGCAACCCAGACUGCAUGCAGAAACAGCUCUCGGUAGAGCAGUCUGUGGCCAGCUCCGAAGCAGGGCUCCUGGAGACCCCUUUAGAAACAGAAGUGCCUGAGGUCUCUUCAGAGCUCCCUGAUCUGUGCAAGGAAAAGGAAGUGCAUCCUGCUGCUGGAAUUUCCCAGGUAGGGGCUGAUAGUUGGGCUCUUCAGCCCUGUACUGGUGACACGAUGCUGUGCGAGAAAUGUAAUCAACAGGUGUUGGUAUGGGAGUUCACAGAACACUCGGACUACCACUUUGCUGUGGAGCUGCAGAAUUCUUUCUCAGGAACUGACGCCUUCAGGCCAUCUUUGCCUCCCACCAGCCCUCCAAGUAAGGGCAAAAGUAAACAGAAGACACCCACAGCCUCUAGGGCCAAAAGGCCAAGGCAAAGCACAGAUAGGACUUUGGAUUUCUUUUUUAAGCGGCCACCUCCUUAGGAUGAAGCUCAUCUGAGCAGCUUACCUUGGAAAAAGAAGGUGCAAUUUUAUUUGCCUUUAUCUAAUAUCCAUAAGUAAGUAAAUAAACAGGAUAAUAAAUUGUUCCAAACAGGUGCUUGGAAAGCUACAGGACUCCCCGUUGUUGUUACAAGAACCUGCACUUGGUAGUCAAGGUUGUUAUGCCUUCUGUAGCACGUUCUUGCUCUGUAGCUUCAGAUGGUGACAGAUUUCGCAUCAAGGUGCCAUAUUAAUGAUACUGCCAAUUUAUGGUAGUCAUUGGGGCCAUCUCUAGUCAGACUGUCCCCUCCACAGGACCAUCUUUACAUUGUACGUCAUUCAUUUGUUUUAGUAUUUUAAACUUGUAAACUGCCUUGGCAGAAGAGAGGUAUUAAAUGCAAUACAGUCAUACCUUGGGUUACAGACGCUUCAGGUUGCGUUUUUUUGGGUUACGGACCACCAAAACCCAGAAGUAGUGGAACGGGUUACUUCUGAGUUUUGGCGGAUGCGCAGAAGCGCCAAAUUGCAACCCGCGCAUGCACAGACGUGCCGCUGUGGGUUGCGGACGUGCAUCCUGCACGGAUCAUGUUUGCAACCUGAGCGUCCACUGUACAUGCUUUUGAAGAUCUAGAGAGGUGCUGCUCGUGGGCUUUCCAAGGCCUGCUCUAGGCAACGAAAUGUCAAGGGAUGAACUUGGGCCCUUCUGCAUCCUGCUCAUGUGUUCUCUCAUUGAGCUGCUUAGAUCAGAGUUGUAGGUUGUGACUGGCUUUUACUGUGGUGGGGAUUGCCCUUCCAUAGGCAAGACAGUCAUUAAGAGUUGAAUGGAUACUGGAAUAUGCGCUGUGAAAGUCCACAUGUGUCCAUUUGACCACUUUGAUCAGCGGAAUUGGUGCUAUCUAGGCGCUAUGUGAUAACUGUUCUGCAUUUUUAAGAAUCUGAUUGUUUAGUGUGGCAGCACCUGCACUUUGGAACCCCCGCCUACUGAGAUUAAGAAAGCGUCUUCAUGGUACUCUUUUCAUCAUCUGCUAAAAACAUUCUUGUUUAGACAAGCCUAACCAGAUGCUUAGAAAGCUGAGGUGAUUUUAAUCUGUCUUUAAUAUUUUAACUUGUGUAUUUUAAAGUAUGCUUGUGAAUUUUUCCAAUCGAGUGGUGUAUAAAUUUUAUGAAAUAAAGUGUAGAAACCAGUGUAUACAUAUGGAAAGUUGAGGCAAAUCUAUAACAUCUGUACUUUAAUUUGAUGGCUUGAUUAAAGAUCUACUUGAUGAGUAUAGGUUUUAUCUAUAUGAAAAAGCAGGACCUUAUUUAAAUAAAAUUGUCCAGUAUGA